CAGUGACCCCCCGCAUGGCACUUGUCGGGUUAUUGACAUGGAGUGGUAGGCCGCAGCCUCGGGCUGUAGUUACCGCUCCGCCCUAGACUCGCUCCUCCUUCCCCGGGGAGGCUUGGCAUGGAGAAAGGGUGAGGCACAGCAGCCAUGUACUCGCCGCAGCGCCGGGACUUCAUGUCCGUCACCCUUAUCCAGCCGGACGGCGGCAGCGGCGGCUACAACAACAGCAAGAGCUGGAGGCGGAAGUCGUGCUGGCGGAAAUGGAAGCAGCUGUCGAGGUUACAGCGCAGCAUCAUCCUGUUCCUGUGCACCGUGCUGGCCGUGUGCGGGGUCGUGUCCUUCUCCAACCUGGGCGAUCACUGGAAGAGUCUAACGAGCCAGAUAGAAGGGGUUAAUGAGGGCCGGGACAUGCCAGGCAUUAACCCUGCGCAGCCAGCCGUGUUACCAGCCCCCAAAGAAGCAGAUGAUCCGGAUGGCAAGUUACCAAAACCCGCACCACUCCCCCAGCAGAAGCUCAGAAGACCAAAUAAGCGCGGACCUCCAAAUCUACAACCCCCACCGGACAAGGGCCAAAAGCUGGAAGAUAACGAGCAGCGGCCGGAUGAAGCAGACAACAACCAACCAAUCAUAAGCUGGAGAGGAGCGGUGAUAGAACCCGUCCAGACAUUGGCCCCUUCUCCAGUCAAAGCCCCGGAGCCCACGGGGGCCCCACCUCAGGAUGUCCCCGAUCAGAAGGAACCGGUUCCCAUCAGCGAGCGGCAGGAGGCGGUCAUCGAGGCGUUCCGUCACGCGUGGAGCGGGUACAAGCAGUUUGCCUGGGGUCACGACGAGCUGAAGCCGAUUUCCAAAUCCCACAGCGAAUGGUUUGGACUGGGACUCACCCUCAUAGACGCGCUGGACACCAUGUGGAUCCUGGGCCUGAAAGAAGAGUUUCGGGAGGCCCGGGAAUGGGUGGCCACCCAGCUGUCUUUUGAUAAAAACGUUGACGUCAACCUGUUUGAGAGCACCAUCCGGAUCGUGGGAGGGCUGCUGAGCACCUACCACCUGACCCAGGACCCGCUGUUCCUCGAGAAGGCAAGAGACAUCGGCACUCGCCUUCUCCCAGCCUUCAACACCCCGUCCAAAGUGCCUUUCUCCGAUGUCAACAUUGGUAGGGGCACUGCCCACCCUCCGCGCUGGACGUCCGACAGCACCGUGGCCGAAGUGACCAGCGUCCAGUUGGAGUUCCGCGAGCUGUCCCGCUUGACGGGAGAUGAACAGUUCAGGAAAGUGGUGGAUCAGGUCACCCAGCACGUCCACACUCUGCCGGGGAAGCGUGACGGCCUGGUGCCCAUGUUCAUCAAUACCAACAGCGGGCAGUUCAGCCAUCUUGGAGUCUUCACGCUGGGCGCUCGAGCUGACAGCUACUAUGAGUAUUUGCUCAAGCAGUGGAUUCAGAGCGGCAAAAAAGAGACCUCGUUCUUAGAAGAUUACAUCCAGGCCAUUGAAGGCGUCAAGAAAAACCUGCUACGAAAAUCUGAGCCAAACAAACUGACGUUCGUCGGGGAGCUUUCUCAUGGUCACUUCAGCCCCAAAAUGGAUCAUCUCGUCUGCUUCCUGCCGGGGACGUUGGCUUUAGGGGCCCAUAACGGGAUCACCAGUGAUCACAUGGAGAUAGCUGUGGCCCUCAUGGAGACCUGCUAUCAGAUGUACAAGCAGAUGGAGACCGGCUUGAGCCCAGAGAUCUCGCACUUCUUCCUGCACGCUGCAAAGGGGAGUAAGGACAUAGACGUCAAGCCUGCGGACAGACACAACCUCCUGCGGCCGGAGACUGUGGAAAGCCUCUUCUAUCUCUAUCGCUUCACCGGUGACACGAAGUAUCAGGAUUGGGGCUGGGAGAUUCUGCAGAACUUCAACAAGUACACGAGGGUCGAAUCCGGCGGCUACUCGUCCAUCAACAACGUGCAGAGCGCCACCAACCCCGAGCCGCGGGACAAAAUGGAGAGCUUCUUCCUGGGGGAGACCCUAAAAUACCUAUUUCUACUUUUUUCCGACGACGUUGAUUUGCUGAACUUGGACAAGUUUGUCUUCAACACAGAGGCGCACCCGCUGCCGGUCUGGACCUCCUAGCGUGGCGACAACGGCUCUUGUAGGCCUCCUAUAUGAGAACCCAGCGGCCGUCCAUGACAGCCCGUCUGAGCGCUGCCUUGUUUUUCUCUUUAGACGUAAGACCUGCAGGUUCUUGGGUCUUUGUUUCUGCCCGUCGGGGAGGUGUAAAGGGCGAGGCGAGGAGCCGGUCCAGAGGCUGCCGAAAACCAACUCAGGACUAGAAGCCUGGACCUUCUGAUGGUGACCGCCAGAGGCAGCAAACCCAUCCGUCUUGGUUCUAAAUAGGUCCAAAAUUCCCUCCCUGAUUCCCUUCACACAGUCCUAGAGUUUGGUAAUUGUGUUGGGCACGCUCACCGCUCCCUCUUCUUGCACUGAGCAUGCCCAGAACACUCACCCAUAGACCUCAAUGGGCAGUUUUUUUAUUUGGCUUCACGUCCAGGUGCCAGCUGUAAAGCGUAUAUGUCUGGUCAUCGGCGAUCAGACCAUCCAUUGAUCACAAGAAUGGGGGUUCACUUCUACGGAACGGGUGGAGAUAGCCGAACGCCAUACUCGACAGUCCCGUUGAAGUGAAUGGAGCGGUGGUCCCAUGUGCACGCGGGGAAAUUAGCGACUCUUGUGAUCAGGGGGCAUCUCGGGGGUCGGAGCCCCAGACAUCGUACACUUGGGGUGAUGGACACGCUGACUGCCCCAUAAUCUACCGGUAAUUAAAAAAUACAAUCAUAAAUUAAAAACGUAUUGAAAAAUCAGUAUAUUUUACGAUAAAUCAGUAAAAGUAAUUGGUCAUAAAAAAAAAGGUGAGAAAGAUUAAUAAAAAUGUGUCAAUUCUUUUCUGUCACCACUAGGGGGAGUUCUAUGGGAGAGGCGGUGAGCUCCCCCUAGUGGUGGCUGAAGCAGGCACAGUUAUAACUCUAGGGCCGUGUGAAGGGGAUCUGAUCCUUUUUCAUUUUAAUAUUUUAUGAAAUUUUGGACCUUUAAAAAAAAAAAAAAAAAGUAUUUGAUGGGUGGAACUUUAUAUAACUCAGGAAUGACGACGUUUAAGCUGAGGACUGGAUAUUCGUCAGGCCAGGAAGCCGUCCCGCUUGUCUUUACUGGGGAACACUGUGACUAAAUCCCACUAUAGCUGUGACCUGUCUGCUCCGUGUGGCGGGGGAGGGGGGGGGGGGUCAUUUACUUAAAUGCCUGGAACUGGAUGAGGGAUGCUGUCCUAUGCCUUAAAGGGACAGUAGCUCUAAGAACACAGACACCCCCCGCCCCCUACGUCUUGUGAGAAGGGAGAGUGCAAUUGGAGCAACUCCCUCAAAUAUUAUUUUUUUUUGGGGUGGGGGGGUGU